AUGGCAGCAGCUAUUCAGCACGCGGAAUCCCCCCGCAUCAACGACCCCGAGGGGAAGCCGGCUAAGCUUACCCACAAGACCGUUGAGAUACCCGAGAAAGACUCGCUGAAUCAUCGUGAUGCCUCGAUCGAUGGUGGCUCAAUGAAACCGACAUAUGACCAUACGCGGCGCAAGCUAAAACCUCGUCAUCUACAACUAAUUGGCAUUGGGGGGACAAUUGGCACCGCUUUGUACGUGCAGAUUGGCUCCAACCUACGCACCAGUGGCCCGGCAAGCUUGUUUCUCGGAUUCAGCAUUUGGAGCGCUGUGAUCUUGAUUAUCACUCAACUAAUCUACCUGGACCUUACCUUUCUUCAAUCCGGAACCAUCCUCCAUUUCUCCCAAGUUGACCGCCGAGACUCACAGUUGCAUUUAGGCUUGGCAGAGAUGGUUACUUAUCUGCCUAUUUCUUCCCCUUUCAUUCGCUUUGCCGGCCGUUAUGUCGAUGAAGCCCUGGGAGUCGCGGCAGGAUAUAACUUUUUUAUCUUCGAGGCGGCGUUGGUUCCCUUCGAAGUGGUGGCCGUCAGCCUGAUCGUCAAUUACUGGACCAGUGCCAUUCCAGUCGCUGCGAUGAAUGUAAUCGUUCUUGUACUCUACAUGGCACUCAAUGUGUUCGCUGUCAAAUGGUACGGUGAAGCAGAGUUUUGGCUGUCACUCGGCAAGGUUCUGCUAAGCGUUGGCUUGAUCUUCUACACGUUUAUCGUGAUGCUUGGUGGCAAUCCACUGGGUGACCGAUUCGGAUUUAGGUACUGGAACGAACCAGGUGCAUUCGCGGAGUACUACAAGACGGGAGAUACAGGCAAGUUUUUAGCCUUUUUAUCUGCUCUAAUUGCCGCUAGCUUUACCAUCGCUGGCCCGGACUAUGUCUCUAUGGCCGCAGGUGAAACAAUGAACCCACGGAUCGUCUUGCCUAAGGCUUUCAAUGGUGUUUUCUACCGUCUGACGGCUUUCUUCGUGCUGGGAGUUCUUUGCGUUGGCAUCCUAGUUCCUUAUAAUGACAAGACGAUGGCCGAUGCUUUUGAUAAUGAUAAGCCGGGUGCGGCUGCAUCGCCAUAUGUCAUUUCGAUGGAUCGAUUGCAGAUCCCUAUUCUGCCUCAUAUUGUCAAUGCGGUCGUGCUCACUGCAUCAUUCAGUGCGGGCAACAGCUAUGUCUAUUGCGCUAGCCGAAGUCUCUAUGGUCUCGCACUGGAAGGAAAGGCACCGCGAGUCCUUACGAAAUGCACGAAACGUGGCGUGCCUAUAUACUGUGUUGCAGUCGUCCUCCUGAUUGCACUCCUCAGUUUUCUUCAGGUGUCAAAUGGUGCCUCAGUGGUCCUAAAUUGGUUUGUAAAUCUGGUCACUGCCUCUCAACUCAUCAAUUUCUCUGUUGUGACCUUUACAUACAUCCGAUUUAAAAAAGCCCUUGACACCCAGGGCAUUUCACGCAGCACUUUACCCUACCGCAGUUGGUUCCAGCCGUACAUCGCUUAUAUUGCCUGCAUUUCCACCACGAUCAUGGCCUUCGUUGGUGGGUAUACUGUGUUUCUGCCUGGAAAUUGGUCCGUACCAACAUUCCUUUUUUCAUAUACCAUGAUCGGUGUGUUUCCAGUCCUCUACUUUGGGUGGAAGAUCUUUCACCGCACAAAGUUCUUGAAACCUGAAGAGGUGGAUCUUGUUUCAGGCCUUGCCGAGAUUGAAGAGUACACAAGAGAAUUCAUCCCUGCGCCUCCAAAGAGUAUCGUUCACAAGUACUUGAACAUGCUCUUCGAGUAA